GAGAACUUGCAAAAUAGCAGUGUGUUCAAAUACUUAUUUUCCUCACUGGUGUGUGAGCUGGAGGAGCUGGGAGAGUUAUCCCCUUGCUGGGAGAAUCUGCGGCGACAAAUUGUCUCUCAGUACCAGACCAUAAUACUCACAUACCAGGAAACCCUGUCAGACCUCAACAACUACAGAGGUCCGUCGUUCAAAGCCAGUAACCUGAAGGCAGAGAGGAAGCUUGAGUUCAUGCCAACCAACCUUCACGUUCAGAGGAUGAGGGUGCAGGAUGAACUGGGCUUCGAACACACGUACGAUGUGAUAACAAUUGGUGCUCCGGCGGCUCACUGCCAGGGUUUCAAAAACAAUGGUUUGAGGAAACUCAUCCAGAAGUUUGAAGAGGCAAAGAAACACGUAUAUGAGGAGGAAUGCAGCGCCCUGUCAAGCUCGCAGUCUAUCGUCUACAUACCCCAGGACAUUGUCCGAGCCAAAGAGAUCAUCGCCCAUAUCAACACGCUGAAGACUCAGGUCAGCUACUACGCUGAGAGGCUUUCCCGAGCCGCCAAAGAUCGAUCUGCCAGCGGACUGGAAAGGACGCUCGCUAUUCUGGCUGAUAAGACUCGUCAGUUGGUGACGGUAUGCGACUGUAAGCUGCUGGCUUCUGCCAUACAGGCCCUGAAAGCAGCACGGCCCGAGUACAUCGCCUCCAAAGCGUCUCCAUCUGCAGACUCAGAACAAGUAGUCCUCCGUAACGACCAGGACACGCUGCUAGCCAAGUGGAGUGGUCGCAACAGCCGAUCCUCGCUGCAUGUAGACUGGCAUGAAGAGGAGUGGGAGAAAGUUUGGUUGAAUGUGGAUAAGUCUCUGGAGUGCAUCAUCCAGCGUGUGGACAAGCUGCUUCAGAAGGAGAGGAGACCCAGCGUCAGCAGUCAGGACAGUACCCAGACUGACCUGCAGGGCGGUGCCAGUAAGAAAGGUGAUGCAAAAAGAGCUUUCUGGAUCAACCCAGGAAGUAUAUCACAGGAAUCUCCAUCAUUACCAUCAUCUCUACCAUCCUCAUCAUCAUCACCACAAGCCUCUUCCUCUCCGCCUGCCCUCUCUUCUGCAUGUCCUCCCAGCCCUGAACAAGAAUCCUAUGGAAGCCCGAGUGCUGAGGAGGCGUACCCAGGUGAGUGGAGCGAGGCACUGUACCCUCUCCUCACCACGCUCACAGAGUGCGUUGCCAUGAUGAGUGACACGGCCAAAAAGUCCAUGGUCUUCCUGCUGAUGCAGGACAGCGCCCCGACGAUAGCCAUGGACCUGUCACUGCAGUACCGCCGUGAUGUUGUCUUCUGCCAGACGCUCACCGCUCUUAUCUGCGGCUUCAUUAUCAAAUUGAGGAACUGUCUCCGUGACAACGGAUUCCUCCGACAGCUCUACACCAUUGGCCUGCUGGCUCAGUUUGAGUCCCUGCUCAGCACCUACGGAGAGGAGUUGGCCAUGUUGGAGGACAUGAGUGUCGGCAUCAUGGAUCUUCGCAAUGUCACCUUUAAGGUGACGCAGGCCACCGGCAGCUCCGCCCCUGACAUGUUGCCGAUCAUCACGGGGAACCGGGACGGCUUCAACGUCCGCAUCCCACUGCCGGGAACCAUGUUUGACGCGUUGCCACGGGAGAUCCAGAGCGGCAUGCUGCUAAGGGUCCAGCCGGUGCACUUCAAUGUCGGUAUCAAUGAGCAGCAGACGCUGGCUGAGAAGUUUGGAGACACAUCCCUGCAGGAAGUCAUUAACUUGGAGAGCCUUUCCAGGCUAAAUUCAUACUACGAACAGUUCAAAGAAGUCCUGCCUGAGGACUGCCUCCCGAGGUCUCGUUCUCAGACUUGUCUCCCUGAGCUGCUGAGGUUUCUGGGGCAGAACGUCCACGCCAGGAAAAACAAGAACGUGGACAUCCUCUGGCAGGCGGCCGAGAUCUGUCGCCGCCUGAACGGGGUGCGUUUCACCAGCUGCAAAAGCGCCAAAGACCGCACGGCCAUGUCGGUCACCUUGGAGCAGUGCCUGAUCCUGCAGCACGAGCAUGGCAUGGCGCCACAGGUCUUCACGCAGGCCCUCGACUGUAUGCGCAGUGAGGGCUGCAGACGAGAAAACACUGUGAAGAACGUUGGAUGCCGAAAGUAUGCGUUUAACUCCUUGCAACUCAAAGCCUUCCCCAAACACUACCGACCACCCGAUGGCACCUACGGGAAAGUUGAAACCUGAUCGGACCACAGAGAGCGCUCUGUCUGGGAAUAUUAUUGGACAGUAUGGCUACUGUGUGUUUUUGGGAAGGCCAAGAUCAGACUGGGGAAAAAACAAGAUAACAGUUUAAUUAGACCGUCAUAUCAGUUUUGUGAUCCAAAUAAUUUUUUGAAGGUGUACUCAGUGAUGCAGUGUCACAGUAAUAAACAGUUGCAUCUUCCUGGAAAAAAAAACUCCCAGAUUUCCUCAGUAUAAUGACUGUUUUUGUAUUAGUUGCUUAUGUCAUAUUAUGCAUAACAUGUUUCAAGCUCUUUGGUUUUAAUUUUUUAUUAUAAAAAUGUACAUUAGCCGCACUGCCUCACCCUGAUCAAGCACUGAUGUAAUCAAUAUUAACCAUCCCAACAUUUAUAUUUUUGUUCUACAGCGGAAAUCAAGAGACCCGUUUAAACCAUGUUUAAUUAAACUGAAAUAAAAUGUGUAAAAACAAAAAAAAUUAUCCAUUGUCAACCCAGAGUAUUUGGACAAAUUUGUCUCUACAUUAUGCAGGUCUGUGUCAGAAGCCUUACACCAUUUCCCUUCAAGUCCUUCAAUGAAAAGUAAAUCUUUAAAAUAUGAUCAGAAAUAUGAUUUAAUUUUUCUAAAAUAAAAAAAACAGCUGGUCAUUGUAGUUUUUAGCAAACAUUACUCUUAACUGGAGCAAAUUGCAUUUGUUGGGUCCUAUUUUAAUAGUUUCUUGACAGCAAUGGAGCUGUGUGGCACAGAGGAAAAAUAUAUUUCAGUCUUUGGAAACAUCAUUUCAUUGGUAUACAAUCCCCUUUAUGUAUCUUGUAAACACACUGACCAGAAACAUGUAGUACCAGUACCAUCUUGCAAAAAAAGCCUGAUGAGCAAGACAUUGAAUCACAAUUGCUGAACUGCUAACCAAUUGGUCUAACUGUAGUGAAGUCUCUUUGUUGAUCAACGAAACCUUACAGCUUGUUUACAGACAAGGGAGGAUAGCUGUAGGAACUGUGUCUUUAAAAGCAAACAAGAGCAUCAAGUACAAGCUGUUGAAAUUAAAAAUAAAGGAUAAAGUAAACUAAAGGACAUCUUCCUUUCAGCAUGAAUCAAAUCUAAAGCAACUAAACCUAAUUGAGGGCAAAGGAACGUUUAUUUGCAUUUUAUCACUUGUCAUUGUUUUUCGCACACUCGACCAUGUGCCCAAUUAUCCACAAUGACCUGUAUGUAUGUAUGUCGCUGCUCUUCACUUCCUGCGAAGUCCUCACAACCAUUUCAACAGCAUCAUAGGUGACUUAAGUGAAAUGCAUCUUACUGUAAGGUGAACCACGCUGUCAGAUGCACUGCUGAUGGCAGUCUUACUGCAAUCAACUUAGAAAUACAUACUGCUGUAUUUACAUGUUUAACUCAAUGAAGUACUUUUUGUUCUGUCAACCUACUGCGUAGUAUAUUUGGCAUUGUAACUGAGAAUAGAAUACUUUCUGUCAGUCAGUUCUUUGACACUUGAAAACAUCUGUGAAGGUUUUAAUGUUGCUGUAACGAUGUUGAAAUAAAUGUAAAAUAGGUUUGUGUUUGUUUUGGAAAAGGAGGUUUUUCAAGUUGAUAUUAAACAGUUUUAACUAA